AUGCCAAAGAUAAUUUUGCCUUCUAAGGUAAAUUUAUCUCCUGAUUCGAUUUUUUUGAAACCUUGGAUUAAAGAGUUUAUUGAAGAUGGAAAAAAAAACUCAAUUGGUAAAAUUGGUAACUUGGAUGAACUUUUGAAUAACACCAAUGUUAAACUCCAAUUGAUAUUGAAGUAUCCUAAUCAAUUGGUUAAAUUAACGAAUAUCUAUAAUAUUUUAAAUUAUUGCGUAUUUGGCUCUAUAAGAGAUAACAAACAUCAAUUGCUUGUUGAGUUUACAAGCAAUUGUGUAUCCAACUUUGAAAGAAAUUAUAAGAUUAGAAUUACUGAUCAAACAAAGAAUUGUUUGUUUCUAAUAGGAGAUUGCAUCAUUAAAUAUGUCACCCAUGAUGAAUUAUUGAAAAAUUUUAAGAUCGAUCCAUUACAAUUUGAUAAUCACAUUGGUAUUACUGAAUAUUUUGAUUUUAAGAAGUAUGGUUAUAUAUUGUCAGAAAGAAGAUUUAAUCGACUGUACCCGAUUUUACAAGUCAAUCAAGUGAUGAUAUUUGAUUGGGAUCAAGUCGUGACAUUUGAAAACUAUCCUUUUGUUUAUUCGCAGAUACCAUAUUAA